GAGUUGAACGCGAGUAAUGUAGUUGCUUGGAACGACGCGCGACGCGCUACAUCUACAUCGUUAUAUAGUUGUAUGCUAUUUCUGUCACGUACGUGUUGGGUCGCUGGGUGCAGUGCAUCUGUGCAUUACGCAGUUUUACUGUUCGCCGUUAGCAUCAAGCAUCGACUGAAUAAUUCUCCACACAUCAGUAGCUAUAGCGUUGAGAUAAAAGAGUAGGAGCUCGAGACUCGAAACAACAAAGAGGAGAGGAAUCGGACGAGAAAGAUAGCGCAACAGCAGAGGAAAAGUGUGUGUUGUAUACCGUUUUCCCCUGUGCUAAUUCAACUUGGCCAGAGAGCGUUUUCUCUUUGACAUCAAGGACUGGGCUCUUCCUUUGUUCGUCAUGAUGUUCGCGAUCAUGGAUUGUUUUCUGCAUUAGCAGGCCGAGUUUUCGUGUUUGCGCAUUUUUUCUCUUGUCGCAUUGCGCGAAAGAGAGACAAAACAGAGAGAGAAAGACAGAAAGAGGGACGGAAAAUCAUUGCCCUAGCGAGUAUUACUCUUAAUCUGACUGUGUAUACUUCUAUUAUAUUGUGUGAGUGCGCGAGUGUGUGUGCGUGUGUAGAGACGUGCGCGCGCGAAUUGCGUCGCGGACUAGUGCAAACGAAUCUUGUGCCGUUUUAUAUCAAUUAUCAGCCUGCAACCUGAUCGUCGUGGCUCUUUUCACAAUAGGCCACAAGGGCGCCAAGAUCCAGAAGCAGUCGGACACCGAGUGUUGACUCGGCCAUUAUAGCCAAGUUUUUAUACGGACGCGCUCCCAGUAGUCCGCGUCUCUGUCUCAACUGUGCCUGCGACUUGAUACUUGGGCGCUGCGUCUCUUAGCCAAGUGAACAUCAGUUCUACAAUCUGCAGAAACAAUUUCUAGAUAACACCACACACCCAUACACUGACUUCCAUUGACUAUUAACAUCCUUCUUGACUUUUGGUUUAUUCAAUUUGCCAUAUUGUGAUGUACCCCAAGUGUAACCUUCAGGGAAUUAACGUUGAGUCGUCGAUUAAUUUUGUCCAUUCAAAGAGAAAAGGCAUCUUCAUACAGAAGAAAAAAAUGUUUAAAGACCCAAUAAGCUUACGAAAUCGUAUAAGUUUUUUGCUUCUUCGUCGCUAUUGAAAAGCCUGACAGCUUAUGCUCUGAUUCUUUUACAAGAGCACUGGUAUUAAUUACUCGAUACUUGGAGGUCAAAAGUAUGGCUUUGUACUAGGAUGCAAUUCCAGUAGACUUUCUCAGGAGAUUCUCUUUUGAUUCCGUUUAUAAAAGUCCAAGCAAUCUGCUACAACAAUGAAGCUACUGGAAAGUACGCGCUUUGAGGCAAUAAACAAUGCCUUGUCCAUAACAACGGGAGAUAGUAAAAUCAUCGGAAGGAUCGAGAGUUACUCUUGCAAAAUGGCUGGUAAUGAUAAACAGCUAUACAAACGUUUUAAUUCUGAACAAGGAGUCACACCACAUGAUUUUCAAGCUUUAUCGCCACCUCAGACUUGUCUUGGUACAUCUCCAGCUCAAAGCUACUUGAGUCGUAGCAUUUCUGGUGAUGAAGAUGGUCCUUUAUGUGACACAAUCAGUCGAAAAACACUCUUCUACUUGAUAGCGACACUAAACUCGGCAUUUCAUCCAGACUAUGACUUUUCUGAUGCUAAGAGCCAUGAAUUUAGUAAAGAGCCAAGUUUACAAUGGGUGAUGAAUGCUGUUGACAGUAACUUAAGUGCAACUGCAGGAGAUCAUUAUCGUACUUUACGUGCUGCACUUUGGGCAACAAUUGAAGAUGAAAUAUCUAUGAGUGAAUGCGAUAUUUACAGUUACAAUCCUGAUUUAGCGUCUGAUCCUUUUGGAGAAGAUGGAUGUUUGUGGUCCUUUAAUUACUUUUUCUACAAUAAAAAACUUAAAAGAAUAGUGUUUUUUACAUGUAGAGCAAUAAACCCACUCUAUGCAUUGGAUUCGGGUAUUGGAAGUGAUUUCACAAUGGAUGAAGAUGAUGAAGAUACUUACUAAUUUUAAUUUACACUCUGGUUACAGAUAUUAAAUCACUUUACUUUUCUUUUUCUUUUAAAUGUGCACUUGAUAAAAUUCAUAUGGCAUCAAUUAAAUGAAUACAGUGGUUCAAUUGUAUCAAACAUUUUGUCAAUAAUAUAGAUAUUUCAAUACAUUGUAAAAUUUAUUUUUUGUCAACACUUAUUUUUAGUGUAAUAUUAGAAAAAUGUUUGAUUGGGUACCUAUAAAUAUAAGAAAGCAAACAAUAUAUUAAUAUUUGUAGAAAUGAAAAAUUCUGUCAUAAAUUAUUACUAUGUAAUGAAUUUAUACAUUAUUAUUUUAUAACUCAUUAUUAAUAAUUUAGAAGUGUAUUUUUAGAAUCAUGCCACCAUUAUGCGGGGGUAAUAAAUUGAAAAUUCAAAAUCUACAUUUGACGCAUAUGACUACAAAAUACGUUUCAAAGAAACCGUAUAUUACGUACCUAGGCUGGGAAUAGUACAUUGUACAACAAGGGGCGAAAAUGGGCUUUUCCAAUCGAGGAUGAUGUUUGAGCACGAGUGGUAGUUGAGGGCGCCGUAGGCGCCCGAGACGGACACGAUCGAGUGCUCAAACAUCAUCCGAGUCUGGAAAAGCACAUUCGCCCCUCGUUGUUCACCGUGCUUUUUAUAACAAGUGUAUAAGGAAGACCACUUUUGUCGCCUAUGAAAUUGAUCGAGAAUAGAGUUUUUUUGAGUCGUCCACUACGGUGUGCGUGUAUAGAUGCAUAUAUAUGUGUAUAUAUAUAUAUAUAUAUAUAUAUAUAUAUAUAUAUAUAUAAAUCUAAAUUUUGAAAAUUUUUGAAAAUCUUGAAAUUUUUGGAAAAUUUUGGAAAUUGUUUCAAAAGUUUUUAACAAUUUAAAGCUUUAGUAAGGAGAUGAAAAAAAAAAUCAAGAGGAGCGAAAAUGGCCAUUUUCGCUCCUCUUGAUUUUCGAUUCUCAAAUUAUUGUAGGCUUGUUCUACCUUAUAGGGAGCGAAAAUGGAUUAAUUUAUACAUGUAUUAUGACCAGGGACUCUUGCUCUACAUUUUAUCUGACGCUCGGAAAACCCUAUUUUCGGUCCACUUUAUAGGCGCCGAAAAUGGUCUUUUUUAUGCACGCGUUAUAAAAAAUAAAAAAUGUCUCAGAUCGCAUUCUUUAUUUUCGGCCGUGGUGCAUACGCUAUUUUACGUGCCAGAGCGAUCGAAGUAGAUUACAUACCUAUAGACCAGUAAAAUAAUAAAUGUCUCAGAACACGUGUAAUUGUCGGUCGAAGUCAAUAAACAGAUGAUCUGAGCCUUUCUUUUUUACUGGCCCAGGUGCGUAUCCUGUUUUUCUCCUCGACGGUGCCGGAAAGCGGCAACUUCGUUUCACGCAGCGGCCAGAAAGUUGGCGCUUUCCGGCCGCUCUGGCACAUACAAUUUACAAUUAAUGUUCUAGAUUUUAGACUAUUUUUAUUUAAAUAAUAACAGAAAAUUAAUCUUAAAAACGUAGUAGUAUUGAUCUUGUUGAAAAAAUGACUGUAUAGGAGUUAUAUAAGAAUAAAAAAAAUGUGAGUAAAUAAAUUUACUUACUGUAUACAAUCAAAUAAAUUAAAUAUAAAUUGUU